AAAAAAGGUUUUGUUUCACUUUCACCUUUUUCAUCAUUAGGGUUUCCGCUAUCAAAAUUGAUUAAGUCAAACACAUUACUCUUUAUUAUUUUAAAAUGCAUGUUUAAAUGCAUUUGCACAGAGUUGUUAUAAUUUUUGGUAGUUUCGACGUUUUGGUUAUAAUUAAAUCUUUUUACUGAGAAUUUCUUCAUACGCAACAACAGGAAAAGUCAAGCAGUGCCAUUUUAGGCAGUGAAGCUCAUGGAAUAAGAAAAUGUCCAAAGUACGAGUAGAGGAUCAGAAAGAGGUGAGGGCAGCACUACUUGGAUGGCACAGCUCAGGGAAGACAUCAGUGAUCAACACUAUAUUGGCGGCCAGUGAAGUAGAGAUAAAGGAAUUGACAGAUGAAAAUGUGAAGAGAGAGGGAUUUAUUGAUGGGAAAAGAGUCUACUUGGUUGAGACACCAGGCUGGUGGAAAGAGUUCAGUUUAAAUGAUUUAUCAAACAUUUCUAAACAGCAGUUGGUGCGCAGAGUGUCUCAGUGUUCACCUCAUGCUGUCAUAAUCACCAUUCAGGCAGAUUUUAAAUUUACUGAAUCUGAUGGAAAAAUUUUGGUUGAACACGUCGAGCUACUUGGUCCAAAUGUCUGGGCACAUACUAUAGUACUCUUCACAAGAGGGGACUUGAUUAAAGAGAAAGACAUAGAGCGACAUAUUCAGAGAGCAGGACCAGCGCUCAAGCGGCUCAUUGAAAAGUGUGGAAAUGAAUAUCAUGUUUUUAAUAAUUCUAACCAUCAUGACAAAACUCAAAUCACAGAGCUGCUAGUGAAAAUUGAAGGAAUUGUCAAAAAGAAUGAUGGCAAGCACUUGAACAUUGACCUAAAAAAAGUAAAGGAACUCAACAUCAAGUGGGAGGAAAUUCAGACGAGAGCAAGUGCUAGAAAAUGCAAAGUACAGGCGCAAAGUUCAAUAAUUCAAGAAAGAGCCUACGUGCGUCGUCUUGAGGAGAUCAGAGUAGUUCUUCUGGGAUGGGUGAUCGCUGGAAAAAGUCUUGCUGGAAACACCAUCUUGAACCAGGAUGAAUUUGUCACAGGAGGGAGAACAGAAAAGGGAACAAGAGGCUUCAGCAAUGUGGACGGAAGGAAAAUUACCGUACUGGACACUCCAGGCUGGUGGAAGUAUUUUGCAUCAGAAUUAAACCCAGAUUUUGUUAGAUCUGCAAUUCUAGACAGCGUUUCAGAAUGUAAGAAAUUUCCUCAUGCCAUGAUCCUAGUGAUUCCGGCAGAUACUUCAUUUCAGAAAGAACAAAAAAGUAUCAUUCAAAAAAAUAUGGCCAUCCUUGGUGAGGACGUUUGGAGACACACCAUAGUUUUGUUCACGCUGGGCGACAAACUUCCUGUCGUCUCAAUCGAGGAGCACAUUGAGAGUGAAGGAGACUCCCUCCAGUGGCUGAUUGAGAAAUGUGGGAACAGAUAUCACGUCUUUGACAACACAGACAGGAAGAAUCGAGAUCAAGUCACAGAGCUGCUCCAGAAGAUUGAUCAGAUGGUGGCAGGAAACUGUUUGUUCCGUCUUGACACUAAAGCGAAAUACCAUGAUUUAGAGUCGCAUCUUCAGAGAACUGAUACCCAAGAAAAUGUGACGAUGGAUGAGAUCAAACUGAAGGAUGUCAGCCACUUUCUGGAUGAGGGGAUUAACAGGAAGGCAAAAGAGAUAAGAGAGAAGAUAGAAAGCUUAUGGAUGGAUAUCAUGGAAGAAAACCUAUACCUUGAUGAAUAUAGAAGUAUGGAUUCUCCAAUUAACUUUCAAAAUGAAUCUCCUAAAUCCUCUGAACCAGCGGAAGUGAUCACUACACCUCAACAGAACAGUACUCUUGAAAACAUUAAGACACUUCUGGAAAGAGAAUUCAGCAGAUGGGAAAAUGUUAUGGUACAUGGAGUCCGGAAAAGUUUGCUGGACAUUAAAUCAUUUGAGCUCUCUCAGGAGGAAAAGAUCCAGAAGUCAAAGGAAGCAGUUGAGGAGUGGCUACAGAACCAUCGACAUUAUGUUGAACAAACUAUAGACAAAAUACAAGAUACAGAAACUGUGAUCAAGCCAAAGAGACUGAAGACAAGACAUGAUGAUGACAUCAGAGAAGUGACUUAAAGCCUACAAUAAAACAUCAAACCAUCAAAAAUAAAAAAAGAAACUAAAUUGUGUUCAUACUCUGUAUUUUACUAAUGGUGACUCUGACUGUUGUAUUAUCUGCCAUUUCAGUGUCAUGUUCUAAUGAGAAACAAUAUUACUAUAUAAUAUAUUAUAUUAUAACAGACAAGUUUUUUUAAUCUCAACCUUCAGAUCAUUUUAUAGCAUUGUUACAUUUUUAUGUGAUCACAAAUGGGAAACAUGUACAGUAUGUAAACACCAGUGAUUUGUUAUUAUGUUGUAAAAGCACAUCUAUAUUCCUGUAAUACAUUAUGAGUCAUUUUAAAGCUUUAAAGGGCAUUUUUGCAUUCAAGUCUCAAGAAUUUAGCAUCGGCAGUUAGCCACUCCUAGCAAAUACUGUAACUAGAAUAUUCUGUGGAAAAAUAAACAUUUUUGCAAGCAACAUGACAUAAUGGUAGAUGUGUUACUGGUGCCCAAUGUUUUUGGAAGGAAAUUGGGGGGAAGCUAUGAUGUUAUAGCACUGAUUCUCCAAUUCAAGCUAAAUCCCUGCACUUAACAAACACUGAAAAAAAUAUUUUGGCCUAUUUGAUUUAUACAUUUCAAUUACAUAACCAAAUUUAAUCAAAUUUUAUUGUAUAAUAUUUUUUUUUUUUAAUUAAAACUUCCAAGUAUUUUUUUUUUGUUUGUUUUUUUUUUUACUUUUUGUUAAAGAUUGCUCAAUUCAAUUUAAUGGAAUAUUGUUAUGAAAUUGAAAUGUGUAAAUCUUAAAAAUAGGCUAAAACAUUUGUCUGUGUGUACAGGCACAUAAGUGUUAUAAUAUAUUGAAAACAAUUUUAAUUGUGUCCAGAGUAGUGUAGUAAGCAAACCCAUCACUGUGUAAACAAGUCAGUUGUCACUAAUAAAGGAAGACCAAUCCACCUUUCUCUUUGGCUCUGUUUCUUGAACAAAUAACACUCUGUUACCCACCGAACACUACCAUUUAUUAGUAUACCAAAGGAAAAUGAAAUGUGUUUGCAUUCUCCCUGAGUAACAGUCAUGUUGAUUUCUCCUUAUUGAGGCUGUUUUCUGAAAUUUAUUAUGGGGAGAAAUAUUUUUAUUGUAAAUACUUCUGGUUAUCAGUUUUUGUUUGUGUUCAUUGUCAUAUGAGCAGCAAGGCUACCCUGAUAAUCUGGUUUCAACAUUAUUUCCAUGUUCUUUCACUUUCAGCCAUAUUGUUUCUGUGUACCAGUUUGUUAAGUCGGCAUAUACUUUUGUCCAUUGUGUAGAUUUGUACUGGUUUGAUUUUUCUGUCAGGACUUAAAAGUCUUUUUUGGAUCACGACACAGAAGCCAAGACCAAGUGAGAAAAAUGGAUCAAGAGCUAAGAGGGGUUGUUCUAGGUUCCCCAUCCUUGGAAAAAGCAUCAGUGAUUAACAGUAUUUUAGGUGAUGAAGUUGAGUCUGGCAGAUUCUUUAUACAGUCUGUUAAGCGAGAGAUUGAAGUGAAUGGGAGAAAGAUCACUCUGAUUAACACAACCUGCUGGUGGAAGGAGUACAGUUUGAAGGAUUUGCCAGAAGUUGUCAGACAGGAACUGGUGUGCAAUGUCUUCCUGUGUCCACCAGGACCUCAUGUUUUUCUGCUGGUCAUUGAUCUCAGUUUACAUUUUACCCAAGAGCACAGAAUCAGUAUUGAGGAACAUUUUGGUCUUUUUGGAGAGAGAAUCUGGUCAUAUGUCAUAGUGCUCUUUACACGAACAGUUUCACUGAAAGAUGAAUCCAUUGAGCAGCACAUACAGCGUCAAGGAGAAGAUCUGCAACAGAUCAUCCAGAGAUGUGGAGACAGAUACCACAUAUUUGAUAUUGUAAAUAAAGGUAAUGGAGUUGAAGAACUGCUUGUCAGGAUUGAUAGUGUUGUGACUGUAAACAAUGGCAAACACUUUGAAACUGAUGAUGAAAAACUACUUGAGAUGAAGAAAAAGAGAGAAGACAUCAGAGAGACAGCAAAAGCCAGACAAACAAUGGUGCAGGAAAAAAAAUGAACUGCUGAAAGAAAAAGCAGCUGUAUUUCCACUCCAAACACUGAGAGUUGUACUGCUGGGGUGGAUUGUUUCUGGAAAACGUUCAGCAGGAAACAUCAUCUUCAAUGAUGAAGUACUGGAGACAGGAAGAACAAACAAGUGCUUAAAAAUAUUUGGGGAUG